AUGAUAAGCGUUGUUAAAUUUGUCCGUUUAUUAUUAUUGCCAUGGCUAUUAUUUAUGGCCAGCAAUUCUACUGUCAACAUUGUCGCUGCAAAUGGGACGCCAAUAAGUCAGCCACAACAGCAGGAAGUGUUAUUUGUGCAACAACAACAACAACAACAUCAGCAGCAGCAGCAAGAGUGGUAUCUUCAGCAAUUGCAACAACAACAGCAACGUCAACAACAACAACAACAACAUUCGCCUAAUCCGAUAUUUCCCGCCAUGCCGCUAUCGGCACCCACAACAAACGCCGCCACUCAGUUGUUACCUGAAGCGGCUAAAACAGCUGCAGAGGAUCUUACAACAUCAGCGCUACCAAAUGGAGUAGAUUAUUCAAACGACACCCUAGACUUUGCAGAAAACCCAAUCAGUGACGACGCCGAUGAGAAGCUGCCCAGCGAGAUUCAAAAAGCUGUUUGUACAGUGACUGCAGGUGAAGUACGUGCAAGCGCAGAAGCUGUUACCACGAAAAAGCUCAAAGGUGUUUGCGGAUCGGCUGAGCUUAAGUUAGCCUUUAGUGAUUUGGAAGCUAAACUCUAUAAGGAAUUACAAGAAAUAAAAACACUGCUGCAAUACAUAACGCAACAGCAGGGCAUAAAUGUGCCGCAAAUGCUUGGGUCAAUGGGUGUUACAAGAACACCGCAAAAGCAGUUAAAUAGUGCUACAGCAACAAACCCCUACUCGGGCACUUCACCAACAUCACCAGCUACAACACCACAGUCACCGCCAACUACUACGCGCACGCAACAGCACAAACCUUUAGCUAGUAAUAAACCGACUAUAGCCACUAAACCGAAUUUCCAACCCAUCAUAGAGCCUAAGAGUAAUGCCGUGGACACAUCAGCUGAAGUCAGUUACGAAUACGAGGAGUCGUCAGCAGCUAUGGACGCUGAGGAGACGUUGACUAAAAAGGCGCCACAACUUAAAUCCUUUCAUACCAAGAAUCAAAUGUCGGCGCCACCCUCCUCCAAUGAGCUGCUACAGGAAGUGAGAAAAUUCAAUAAUACAAUGUUAAGUGAUCGCGAAAUGAAGGUAUUCACUUACUAUUGGAAAUUGGACAAUUUCACUGAACGCAUUGAGAGUGGUAGUAGUACGAUGGUGGAGAGUCCGGUAUUUUCAAUAAAAGCCAAGCCAUUGCAGUUGAGAGCCUAUUUCCAGCACCUCCAUCGCGAUUUUCUUUACCUACAAUUGGCGCAUGCGAGCAUAAAAAGUAAUAAUCGGAAUAAUAUCAUCAUCGAUAUGGGCGGUUUAUUCAAGGAGAUUGCGAAUGAGAAUGUCCGCUUUAAGCAUAAGAUAUCAGUACUCAAUCAGCACAACCAGCGUUCGAAGGAUUUAAUUUCGCAGGAAUUUUACAAUCUCGAGACGGGCUUUCUUAUACCAAAUAGCGCACUGCUCGGCAGUCCAUUUAUCAAAAACGAUUCAUUGUUAAUACAAAUUUUUCUUUAUUUAUAAUUUAUUUUCUUUUUUUUUUUGCAUAAUUUUUCUUUAAUUGUAUGGUUAUACGAGUACCUUUUUGUAAAGAAUCUGCUAUUUUUUAAUCGCACAUAAUUGCAUAUAUUUUAUUUAAAUGGUUAACUUAAUAAGAAUUUUCAAUACGGUUAUUUAUGAAUUUAUGAAUUUUAU